AGCAUCCUGAAUAAUGAGUGGCCUGGGCAAGAGCAGGCGAGGUGGCCGGAGCCGUGUGGAUCAGGAGGAGCGGUGGGAGGACGCUGGGUCUCCAAGAAGGGAAGUUGUGCCCGAGGUCACACAGCGAGGAGUACCAGCCCCAUGACUCACAGCCCAGGGUUCCCAAGCAGGGCUGCCCCGUGGCUUUCCUCAGGCUCAUCCCCAAAGUGGCUCAGAAUCUGGUCCACUCCCCCUGCUGGUCCUUGACUUGUUCAUUUUAGAUGCUCUGGAUUGAUUUCCCACUUUCUAAGCUCCACAGGGCCUGUGGACAGGGGUGGCUAUGAGAUCCUGCCCCGAAGAGCAGUACUGGGAUCCCCUGCUGGGCACCUGCAUGUCCUGCAAAGCCAUUUGCAACCAUCAGAGCCAGCGCACCUGUGCAACGUUCUGCAGGUCACUCAACUGCCGCAAGGAGCAAGGCAGGUUCUAUGACCAUCUCCUGAGGGAUUGCAUCAGCUGUGCCUCCAUCUGUGGACAGCACCCUAAGCAAUGUGCAUACUUCUGUGAGAACAAGCUCAGGAGCCCAGUGAACCUCCCACCAGAGCUCAGGAGACAGCGGAGUGGAGAAGUUGAAAACAAUUCAGACAACUCGGGAAGGUACCAAGGAUCGGAGCACAGAGGCUCAGAAGCAAGUCCAGCUCUCCCGGGGCUGAAACUGAGUGCGGAUCAGCUGGCCCUGGUCUACAGCACGCUGGGGCUCUGCCUGUGUGCCGUCCUCUGCUGCUUCCUGGUGACAGUGGCCUGCUUCCUCAAGAAGAGGGGGGAUCUCUGCUCCUGCCAGCCUCGCUCAAGGUCCUAUCAAAGUCCGGCCAAGUCUUCCCAGGAUCACCCAAUGGAAGCCGGCAGCCCUGUGGGCACAUCCCCUGAGCCGGUGGAGACCUGCAGCUUCUGCUUCCCCGAGUGCAGGGCGCCCACCCAGGAGAGUGCAGUCAUGCCUGGGACCCCCGACCCCACUUGUGCUGGAAGGUGGGGGCGCCACACCAGGACCACAGUCCUGCAGCCUUGCCCCCAUAUCCCAGACAGCGGUCUUGGCAUUGUGUGUGUGCCUGCCCAGGAAGGGGGCCCAGGUGCAUAAAUGGGGGUCAGGGAGGGAAAGGAGGAGGGAGAGAGAUGGAGAGAAGGGGAGAGAGAAAGAGAGGUGGGGAGAGGGGAGAGAGAUGGGCAGAGAGAUAUGGGGAGAGAGAGACAGAGGAGGCAGAGAGAGACAGAGGGAGAGAGAGACAGAGGGAGAGAGAGGAAGAGAGGCAGAGAGGGAAAGAGACAGAGAGGCAGAGAGGGAGAGAGAGAGACAGAGCAGGAGGUCGGGACACUCUGAGUCCCAGUUCCCAGUGCAGCCAUCACCUAACCACAUGUGCAAUAAAGUCCUGUGCCUCCUGCUCACAGCCCCUGAGAGCCCCUCCUCCCGGAGAAUAAAAGCUUUGGUGGCUGCCCUUCCUCA